AGUGCACGCUGUUCAAAUCAUUCGUGAGCCUGAUGCCACGCUGCACGCCCCGCCGAACGCUCUGCUUCGAGCGUCCACUCAGGCCUUACACUAAUGUUUCCAUUCUUACAUUUUUUGUCAGAGAAUUUCCUGACGCCCCGUUGAUCGGGUACUAUAUGAUGUGCGUACCCGCAUUGAUGGUAAAGGACAUGCACAUCAUCAAAACGAUCCUCAUAUCGGAAUUCUCCAGUUUCAACUCCAAUGGAUUUACGGUAGACAAAAACGCAGAUCCAAUUGCUGCUACGCACCCGUUCGUUCUCAAAGGCGAGGAAUGGAAGUCUGCCCGUGCUCAAGUAACCCCAUCUUUGAGUUUAGCCAAGCUGAAGGGCUAUUUGCCCAGUAUACUGAAAGUAGGAGACGAAAUGGUUAAAUAUGUGAAGAAAAACUGCGUUGGAACAGCCGAAUUUGAAGGCCGUGAAUUAUCUAUGCUGUAUGCUACAGAUGUAAUAGGAAAUGCCUUUUAUGGUAUUGAGAAUAAUUCGUUUGAGAAUAAAGACUCAUUGUUGGCUGUUUUAACGAAUGAGAUACAUUUUGAGACCACAGUUUUCGAGAGCAUCAAACUAUUUUUUCAACGUAUGCCGAUUAUAAAGAAGACGUGA